AUGACAACCCAUGUCACAACAGCCUGGGACACAGCAUCAAAACCCCCAGAAGAGAAGCCUCAACUCUCACGAGACUUCCGUCGAGGCUCAACUUAUCCAGGAUGUCUCACAAGAUUUGAGACUCUUGGGAAAGUUGGGGUGGGGGCUGCGGACGAACCAAACAGAAAAGACCCAGCUAUUGGCAGCAGCUGCAGCUGUAGCCGGGCCAAGGGACAGGAGCUCUUGCACAGGGAUGGCAGGCCGUCAGUGGGCGAGAAGGCCAUGACGUCUCCUGCUCCUCCUUCCAAGAGGCAGGUGACCAAGAAGUUUGCCAAGGCAGUAGAUGCUGUGCAGGAGAGUGGGGAUAAGAGAGAACAUCCUAGCACAUCACAAGGAGGAGCGAAGGGUGGAGUGCUGAAAGAGGUCUUGAGCAAUCCAGAAAGAUCCAGAAGGAAGGAGGGAAAAUAUACAAAAGAGAAGGACAAAUCCAUUUCAACUCAGAGCGGGUUCCACCUUGAACAAGAAGAACAAACAGGAAAGGGGCGCAGAAAGCACCUGGAUGCUCAUUUGAGAAUCCACACGGCAGAGAAACCCAGUCAAAGCUCAGAGUCUGUGAAAAGAGACUGUCUGAGCAAACAAACUGUAAAAGGUCCAGUGCUUGACACUGAGGGAGAAAGUCAUACUGGUUUGGAGUGUACAAUGAGCUUCACACUGAGAUCACAACUUACAAGACACCAUCAACAAAUUCAUUCUGAGGAACUGCAUAUGUGUACACAAUGUGGAAACAGCUUCCACAAAAAAGAUCUCAAAGCACAUCAAAGGUGCCAUAGAAGGUGGAAACCCUUUAAAUGCUCCUGGUGUGAAAAAAGCUAUGCGCAUAGCGCAAGCCUUACCAGACAUAAAAGAGUUCAUACAGGGGAGAAACCCUAUGAAUGUGCAGAAUGUGGAAAGGGGUGCCUUGAUAACUCACAUCUUAUUAUACACCAACGAAUUCACACAGGAGAGAAACCUUAUACAUGUAAAGUAUGUGGAAAGAGCUUUUCAUGUAGUUCAUCCCUUAUUAUGCAUGAAAGAAUUCACACGGGAGAAAAACCCUUUCAAUGCUCAACAUGUGCGAAACGCUUCAAAACGAACUCAGACCUUUCCAGCCAUGAAAGAAUCCACACAGGGGAGAAACCCUAUACAUGUAAAGAAUGUGGAAAGAGCUUUUCUCAGAGGGCAAUCCUUACUAGGCAUGAAAGAAUUCACACAGGAGAGAAACCUUUUACAUGUAAAGAAUGUGGAAGGAGCUUUUCUCAGAGGGAAACCCUUAUUACGCAUGAAAGAAUUCACACAGGUGAGAAACCUUUUACAUGUAAAGAAUGUGGAAAGAGCUUUUCUCAGAGGGCAUCCCUUAUUACGCAUGAAAGAAUUCACACAGGGGAGAAACCCUAUAAAUGUGAAGAAUGUGAAAAGGACUUCAGCGAUAAAUCACAGCUUAUUAAACACCAACGAAUUCACACAGGAGAGAAACCUUAUACAUGUAAAGAAUGUGGAAAUAGCUUUUCACAUAUUUCAUCCCUUAUUACGCAUGUAAGAAUUCAUACAGGAGAGAAACCCUUUCAAUGCUCAACAUGUGCAAAAUGCUUCAAAAAAAGCUCAGACCUUUCCAGGCAUGAAAGAAUCCACACAGGGGAGAAACCCUAUACAUGCAAAGAAUGUGGAAAGAGCUUUUCUCAUAGGGCAACCCUUAUUACGCAUGAAAGAAUUCACACAGGUGAGAAACCCCAUCCAUGUAAAGAAUGUGGAAAGAGCUUUUCUCAGAGGGCAACCCUUAUUAUGCAUGAAAAAAUUCAUACAGGUGAGAAACCCCAUGCAUGUAAAGAAUGUGGAAAGAGCUUUUCUCAGAGGGCAACCCUUAUUACGCAUGAAAGAAUUCACACAGGGGAGAAACCUUAUAAAUGUUCUACGUGCAGUGAAAUGUUCCAUUACAGUAAUCAGCUUGCGAGACAUCAAAGAAUUCAUGCACGGGAGACUCCCUAG